CUAAUAACAGCCUUGCACGCUUUAAAAUUUAAAAUUCAAAAGCGAGGGCCGGCGACGGCUCUCUUCAUUCUGGGUCACUUUUCGUCUUUGUUGUCCGACCACUUUCUCAUCAAACUCCAACCAUGGUGACGAUCAACAACAACAGCAACAACAAGAAGAUUAGUAGAGGCUCUUUGUUGAGGCUGAUGCUUGUCCUGUUGGCAGUAACGCUCGUUUUGAUAACACUACUGCUCCUGGAUCGCGGACGACAAGAUGGAAUUACUGGAAACUUGGAUGGUCUGAGUGUUCGUCGAUAUGACGUGAAACAAGAUAUCAAUUCAGGUGGUGUUGCAUUGUUGUACUCAAAACCCAAACGGCGUUUCCAAAAGAAUCGAUUCACGUUGGACGAUUUUGUCGUCAAUGGGGUCAACUUGGCUCGCUAUGGUUUUGAAAGUGAAGAUGAACAAGAGGAUACGAAUCAAAAGAAGGCAAUCAUCCACUUGACAUCCAAGUACAAUCUAUUUGAUAACUUUGAUAUCGGAGACCAAAUCCAGGGCGACGAGGGUUGGUGGGAUUUGGUGCAUUAUCAUAGGGAUCUGCGGCACAAGAGCCUGAUCUUUUACAUGGACAAGGUCGCACAAAAGCGAUACAUGAAACAUGUGGGAUAUCCAAUUCCCAAAGCAUUUUCUCUUCAGUAUCAAAAGGAACUUGUCAGCAACCGACGCCUGCAACAAAACUCUCACCACCAUCACCAUCCUUCUCACCAAAGUCAACAAGAAGAAAUCACUUCGGUUCGCAAACUUUUGCCACCAAGAACCAGUUAUGUGGUCAAACCAACGCACAUGUCUUCGUCGAGUGGCGUGUGGUUGGUACGGUAUGAUCCUCAAUCACAAAAGCAGUCUAUGGGAUACAGUGGCAAACCAACAUCCGACAAAUUCGACGAAAAAAGCAUUGCCCAGCGGGUGGUUCAGGAUUUGCAUGAUACUGCAGCAGACUUUGAAUCAUGGGCAUUGAAACAUGCGCAACCGGGAUUUGUUGUGGAAGAACGAUACAGUGGUGCCUGGGACGACAGCAAUGAUGACUCCAAAGCUGCCUACGAAUUCAAAACCUUUACCAUUUGGGGAAGAGUUUAUAUUAGUUACCUCAAGCGUGGGUCUGGACCGUAUGUCGGUCUCGCCUAUCGCAAUGGAACGAUGGUUGAUUGUGCCAACACCAACGCAAAUUGGACUACCAUUCCAGAAUGGCUCCAGUAUGACAAAAUAGUUGCAUUGGCUGAACAGUUGGGCAAGAACAAGGACAUGUUCCGGGCUGAUAUCUUUGUGGGAAUUCCUGCUAGUGAGGUUGGCAACGGCAACAGUAACAAGCAACUUCGAAUUGUUGUUUCAGAAACAGAGUUCCAUCCUACCUCUGCGUUCCAUGACCAGGAAAUUUUGGAAGAGGCAGCAAGGUUAUGGAUGGCCGGAUACAAGAUGAACAUCUACAACAUGGCACCCAAUACUGAAGUGCCAGCAGCAUUUCUGAAGAAGGGGUAUCUGUCGGAACGAGAUGCCCAGAAGUUGCAGCCGAUCCCUGAAGCGGUGGCUUUGAAUAGUGACAUGUAGUUUUUGUAUUCAAAACUAUUUUUUAAUCAAUAACUACUAGUAGUAGGGUGGAGAGGUCAUGAUGAUGUUGUCAUAAGGAGGAUGGCUGUUUUAGAUGUCUCACAACUGCUGCUGCAACAAAGUCUCAAGUCCAAAAAGGGAAAGCUCUGGAAGACAGCCUUGGUCCAAGAAUGUAAAAUUACAAAAAUACUUUUCAAAUACUGCAAGUCUAGAGUAGCAAAAUCGUGUGGUG